AUGACCAGAAAAAGCAGCAUAAAUGAUGUUGACAUUUCGUUCUACAAGAAAUUCCCCAAUGUGUCAGGACUGGCUGGGGUGUCUCCUGCUGCCACUCCUACCCGUCGCCGUCACCGGACUACCUUCAGCCAGGACCAGUUAGAUCAGCUGGAGGCAGCAUUUGCAAAAAACCAUUACCCUGAUAUUUAUUGCCGGGAGGAGCUGGCCAGAGCUAUCAAACUCAAUGAGGCUCGCAUCCAGGUUUGGUUCCAGAACCGGCGAGCAAAGCAGCGAAAGCAGGAACGAGCCCUGCCAAAACCAGGCACCCCUGGUGUCCUCUCUGUCUGUCCCCUGCCUGCACCCCCACCUCGACAGUACCACUAUCCCUCCACUCUUGGGUCACAUCAUCACCUGCCUCGCUUCCCUUCCACUUACACUCUGCCACCCCCACCUCCCUCUGCUACUUCUGCCCAGUUUCCCUGCUCUGCCUCCCACCAUCCUCAACCCUCCCGCACUCCUGAAGACUGGUACAGCCCGCUGCGCACCAUUGGUUCCCCCACAGCUGCUCCGCCACCUUCCAUGCUCUCCCUGAGUCUUGACCCUGGCACCCACUGGAACUAA